UUCUGCUCGUUCUUGUUUCUGUAUACUUCUUGAUCUUCUUGAUUUUUGAUUUUGUUCAUAUGGACACCUCUUUAGGAGGGGAUGACCUGACUGUAAAUCUGCUUAGCCUCCAUGAGCUACGAGGUGAAGGGUUAGUCCUUGAAGUACUUGAUGCCCUAGAGUUUUGUUUCAAGAGAAAUGAUUCUUUUAUUUGGUUGCUUUGAUUCUGUUGCUUUUUUAAUUAGAAGACAGUAAUCUUCUAAGCAUCUUGAUCUCAGCCAUUGCUUUGUUCUGUUAAUUAAUUCUAGUACUUGAGGUGCUAGAUCUUGAUAUCCUAGUUAUAUCUGCUCUUGAAUUCUUGUUCUGAUUGUUAUUAUUGAAAUCUCUUUUGUGGGCAUAAUCCUUGAAUUAUAUUGCUUAUUUCAUGGUUAACUCUUGUCUCUCAAUUUUGAUUGCUUGGUUAAAUUUGAUCUUGAUUCUUGGUGAAUGCCGUUUUGUUGUUGAAUUUUUGAGGCAUUCUACCUUGCACUCUUAUGUUUCAGUAUUCUUCCAAGCAUUCAUAUUUUCAUUGAUUUUAUUUUGUUGCAAUUCUUGAGAUCCUUAUACGUCUUUUGAUGGUCCUAGCUUUUAACUCUUGUUAAUUGCUAAAAAUUUGUUUCUUGAUUCCAGUUAAACAUGACCUUGUUUAUUGGUUAACUUUGUUUUGUGGCAUAAUUUAUAAGGCAUCCAUGCACUUGUUCAUUCAUUCAUGAUCCAUAUAUCCAUUGGAUGCUUAUCCGUCUUUGAUAGAGUUCAAAGUUUUGUUGUACUCAUCUAUUUUGGUGGUAUCAGAGUGUGAUAUGAUAAGUUCCGAGCCUUGUGCACUUGUGGGACCCGUCUCAUGAGUGUACGGCGUCUGUCGCGCCCCGAAUUUGGGUUCUGGGGCGUGACAGGUUAAGUGCUCGGUUUCAACUUCUCUCAAUAUUUUCUUAGCAAGAACUACGUACAUGAUUGCUUUUAAGUUUUAGAUGUACAGAGUUUUUGGUAGUGUGUGCACUAUGCAUGAUUCUUUCUUCUUCUUUUUUUUUUCCAAUUUGAGCCAAUAGCAAUUUAAUGUAUUGAAAAAAUAAUUAUUGGGGUAAACUUCCACAUUAAUACUAAAUAGCCAUGUUGAUAUUGAGGCAAGUAAAAUAUUUAUAGCAUUCCUACACAAAAUAAUUUAUAAACUUAAAUAGAUUUGCAUAAUUGCUACAAUAAGAUAUAAGAUUAAUGUCUAUCAAAGACCUACUUAAUUGGUUGCGAGAAGAAUUGUUUUAUUAUGUAACGUACUAGCAUUAUCUAUAUAGAAACAGCAGCAUAGAGGAAGAUUAAAGAACAAACUUAUUAGAAUUAAUUCUUCAAUUAGUGGCAACCUGAACACAUAGUGCUAUUUUGGCCAUAAAUUUCUCUUUAGAAAUCAUAUUGAGGUGAUUCUUAAGGCAUUAAAAAGUUAGAGAUAUAAGGAACUUUACAAGAAGGAGAAAUAUUAACUUAACUUGAGAAAGCCAAUUAAUUUAUUAAGGGAAAUCAACCAUCUCAUGCAAUAACACAUAACAAAUCUUAAACUUAAUUUGUUGGGUGAGUUCCUUUCUAUUGUAUUUAUCACUAUUUUUUCCAGCAUGCAUGUUUUUAAUGCACUUUUACUCUGUGUUCUGCCUAUUAAGCAUUUAAAUUUCUUGCUUUGAAAUUACUACGAGGUUUUCCAACUCUUUUAAUUCCCUUUUUUUUUUUUGUAGAAAUUGAUGGGCAAUAUAUUUCUGUAAAGUCUGCUGGAAAAUUUUCUUGGUUCUUGCCAUGACUCUAUGUUGGUAGCUAUAUACCAAUAUGUCAAAAUAUACAUUCAAUGAGAAUAUAUUUGAUUUUUGCUUUCUCUAUUGUUAUGCUUUGACAUGAAUGAACCAUGCUAAAAUGG